AUGAAUUGCUGCCAAGCUUCGCUUGUCAGGGGAGGCCAUACUGGCCUGUUCUGGGACAUCCGGCCUUACAUAUGCCUUACAAUACACUUGUGCAAUCCACUUUGUUUGGAUCUUAGUACCUUGUUGAUUUGCUUACCAUAUGACCCCUUCUCAGCUCAUGCAAGAAGGAUUGACCCUCUCAGGCAAUCCAAGGUUGAGCCCGACAAAGAUAUCUAUCAGGCAAGCAAAGAUCGGGUUCAGCGUUUGAAGACUCUCUCAUCUGUCUGGGAACAACAACGAUGGCCAGAUCCGGAGGAACUGCGCGGAUUAAUAGACCAGAUUUCAAGCCGUAUUGAGAUCGAUGAAGAAACGUACGACACUGCAGCGGUUGUAAGCAACGGACAAUCUUUAGAGAACGCAAGUUGGGCAAUUCUGAGGAAGAGUCCGAAAGUAAUGCGUGCUGUCAGACCCUUUCACCAAAAACGCCCAGCGAAAGUAAAGACCACCCAGGAAAAGCCCAGGCAAAGAAUGUCGGAUGUCGGUGUCCCCCGCUUGCAGCAAAGAGAGAAGACUGCUGAGUUUCCUUCAUGCUUUCCAGAUAACCUACCUUCAAUAUCACUCUUCAUGCCUAAAAAGGCUAUGACUGCUCGCCCUGUUACACUCCUCGAAUACAUCAAUAAACCUGCGCCGUACAUUCCACUCCCCACUCCCAAUAUUAUCCCAAUAUCAGGAUCUUCAGCCUUUGACGCACGUUAUUCCGGUCCUGGGCGUGGAAACGACAUGGCCAUGCCAUUUGCUGGCGAUUACUUCAACUACUUGACCAAUUUCCUAGUUGUUUCCAUAGUCACCAUGUAUCAGGGACAGGGCUUCCAACGAGGCGUAUUACUAUACGAUUGGGCGAUUUUGAGGCCUGUACGAGUGAAGUUUUGA